AAGAGACUAGCGGCCUAACUCCAAAAGAUCUAAGUCCAAAAUAAUGUCUAGCUGUCUAGCUCGUCACUCCCCCGGCUCCCUAUGUGUCGAGUAUCACGACCUGAAAUGGUGGACAAGGAAAACGAGCAGAAAAUCCGAACAGCACAAGGGCAAUUCAAGGCAGGAAAUUCGAAGAUCCAAGGCAACAAUCAAUUGAUAAAAUCCAAGCUUAUGGAAGCUAUCAUCUUACCGGAAUUUCUAGCAAGCAGAACCAGAUCUGGCGGUAUGGCAGGGGCGGGAUUCACAAAGAACUAACACGAAAUUGACAGAAAUAAAAGCAAUUAGAGUGAACCCAAGCCAAUUUAGAGCUGAAGAGAUGAAUUCCAUGGCUGAUUCAUACCAGAAAAGCCGAAAAUUCACACCCACCCAGCAACAGGGAACUCACGGCAGAGGGAAGAGAGCAGAUCUGAAAAAUUCUGGGUUGAAUAGGUGUUCUAGAACAAGAAAAGGAGGAGAAUUCU